GGUAUGGGAGGGAAAGGAUACCACUCCCGGAGCCCUACCAUUCAUAUCACGCCAUCUGAUAGGCCUCUCUCGCGAGGAGAUGGUUAUCGCACUGACCGCGCUCGUCAUAGGGAUAGGAAUAUACGGGUGUUUUUGCGGACACCCGGAGGAACGGGAAGGGAAUAAUAAGUGGCAAAGUUUUGACAGAUAUGAUAGUCAAACGGUUGCCAAACACCUGAUCGAUAGCCCAAAGAAAAACAGCAAAAAAUCUUUGGGUAAACGGGUGUACGAGAAGUUCAUUAUAAUGAGUUCAACGCAAUUCAACGUGGGCUUCAGCAGCGCUAAAAACUCGUCCAGACAUACACUUAUAUACAACCAUCCGAUGACUUACGACAUUAAACACGAAAAACAAAUCGAAAGCAAUAUAUUUUGUUUUGAUUUUCUCUAUCCAUCGAUGGCUUUGGAAAGCCGUCGUCCGUCUAAUCUGUUUUGCGACACACUUUCUGCUGGACUCACUCGACAAGAGAUACAAGACAUCUGCAGCGGACUUCACAUCCAAGUGCUGUCCAGCGCUGGUUGUGUCGAUCACACGACCAGUUUUCGCUGU